CGGCGCCCCGGGUCCUACCAGCGCUCCCCGACUCCUGACCCGCCGACCCCAGACCCCAAAUCUCCGGAUCGGAGCCCAGGAUCCCGGACCGGUCCGCGGAGCUCGUGCCAGACACCAAGAUGCCUGGCCCUUGGUUUCUGUUAGCCAUGGCUUUGACCUUGACCCUGACGGGUGUCCCCGGAGGCCGUGCACAGCCGGAUGUGGCCCAGCAGGAGGCGGACCUGUCCGAGCAACAGGGCCUGGAAGACCUCCUGCGGCAGGCGGAGCGCCUCCUCCUCCUCCGGGAAGACCUCCAGCAACUACGAGACCAGGAUGACAGCGUAUCCGAGUCCCAGAUCUUUCAACCCGAUUGGUUCUCCAAGCGUCAGCAUCCUGGCAAAAGGGAGGAGGAGGCAGACGAGGGAGUGGAAGGAGAAGGGGAAGAAGGAGGGGCCGCGGGACUCCGCAAACGGCAGCACCCCGGCCGGAGGGACGACGUGGCGGCUUGGGCGGUGGACGCGGGUCAGCAGAAGCGGCAGCAUCCCGGCCGGCGCGCCUCCUGGCUUGGGUACGCUGUCGCCAAGAGGCAGCACCCAGGCAGACGACUGGUGGACUCCAAGGCCCAAAGGAGCUGGGAGGAGGCAGGGGAGGACGGAGAUGAGGACGAGGAUGGACAGCUGUUGCCCGAGAAACGCCAGCAUCCCGGAAAGAGGGCCCUGGGGAGCCCGUGCGGACCCCGGGGACCCUGCGGCCAAGCCAGCCUUCUGCUGGGCCUCCUCGAUGACCUGAGCCAGGGGCAGGGGGCUGAAGAGAAGCGGCAGCACCCUGGGCGGCGAGCAGCCUGGGCUGGUGAGCCCCUGGAGGAGUGAGCCCCGUUGCCUGUAAACUCAGUUUGUGGUCUAGGAGCGUCUUGAGCCCUGUGCACCCUACCCCCUGUGACCCCCCUUUUCCCCUCCUCCUUAGAUGCCUGACCAUACUCCCGAGCCCCCCAGUUUACACACACUCAAACCCUUGGCCUUGCCUGCCUACAUCAGGGAUGUGAGAAAGCCAGCCGAUGAGUUCAAACCCUGUGUCACCCCACUUGGCAUCUCUGGCGAGGCGACAGGCCCCAGAGUCCCUCUCCCCCCACCCCUGCAGGCCUGCUCCCCUCCCUAGCCCUAAGAUGAGCGUGUGUCUUCUAAGGGAUCCCCAGAGUGAAACGGGGUGCCAUUGAUGUGAGCAACCAGUGAGGAUGGGUGGGGUUGAAGCUAGCAUGUUCAGAUCCUGCUUCCAGCCCUUGCCAUGUGCCAGGAUUUGCCAUGUAUAAACUUCGCCCCCGGCACCAGGAUCUCGUUCUCUUCUUGGGCAUCCUUUUGUGGGUGGGAAGAGCCUCUCCCCACAGCUGAGUUCCGCUUGGGAGAAACAUUAUAGGUGGUGCUGUGCUGUGUGGUGGCCGCGGGAAUAAACAGGUGUAGGAGCUUGUAAACGUCACCCUGGAAGUCACAGCUCAUAUGUAUCCUUCUAGGCACCUCUCUCCUAUCUGUGUUAAUAAAACCUGCAUCUGGAUAACGUC